CCAAGCUCCAGCUCCAAUUCCAGCUCCAGGCCAUCGCCUUUUUCCCUUUCUCUUUCUUUCUCAUCACUUGGUAGGAGAACCUUACCUAUCCGUACGAAUACUUAGCUUCUUCAGCCCCAGCCUACUAAGCAAUCGAGAGCUGAUGUCACCCGCGCCCAAUCCAACACCCAUCUUCGCGUUCGAUUCCACCAGGGCUACCACAUCAAUCACUUUCAAGCCUUAACUCACACGGUGCGCGCGUCUUCCGAGGGGUGGACAACUCAUCUUGCAGCAUCUUGCCCCCAUCAUCCAACCUACAAUACCCGACUUUAUUCGCUGCCUCUCGCCUCUGUACGACGUCGCCCGCGGCCGUCAUUGUUGCUCCUACUUCUCAUCUCACUUCAUAACCACCCGACCCCUGGUGUCCAAAGACUCCAUUCUCAGGCACCCUAUCGCGCAGCCUCCAUCACUUGUACGGUACCUGUUGGGCGACUUCGUCAUCCAUCUGUAUCAGUACCCCGGGAAUUGCCUCCAUUCCCAAUCGGCCUCGGUUCUCCCAGUUCUACACUACCUUACGGCCAGACCGCGCAGCAGCUCUCGCCAAGGCCCACACUCGUUCAUGCACAAUACGACCGCAUGCCCCAGUCCUCUGCGCCUUUGUCUGCAAGCUCUCCUUUAGGGCACAUAUAACCUGCAGCUACCUACAUUACCUUACAUUACAUUACAUCGCCCGAACCCGUCUCAAAACUUACCUGCAUCGCUGCUGUUCUUCGACUCGUCCUCAACCAUUGUCGAGAUGCCUUCAUAGCCCGACAUCCAACACACUACCUCGUCACACCCCAAUUCCACGACUACGACUGCUGCCAGCCGUCUCAUCUCGUCUGGUUCCAUUUCGCCUGCUCCCACCUUGACUUGACAGACGUUUGGCACCCAGUCCCGCCCCCGCAGCCACGCCGACGCUCACUUCCACGCCCGCUCUUCACCGCCUCCUACGCCGGCAUUAUCCUUUGACACUCGUUUAUUCUCCCAGGGAUCGCCCUCGUAGCCCAUCAGCGAGCUCUAUCCACGACUGUCCUCAAAAGGAUUCUCGACGACGAUCCACCCAAGCAUUGAGCGUUGUCGUCAUGCUAUUUGCGAAAAGAUCACUCAAUCACUCAUCUUCUCACUUGAAUAAUUGAUUUCUGCGCCUAGCAAGUUGCCAAUUGGUCGAACGAUCCGACUCACUCACUAAGUACUUACUAUUAAUGUAUUAUACCUGUGAGUAUUCAUUUCUUCCAGAUUGCACUCAAUGCGAUCGGUGCCCUUAGUUGCUGACAACCGGCAUAACUCAGUCUCAUUGUCAGGUCAAAGAUUCAAAACGUAAUCGGCUUGUUCUGCUCCUCGAAUACCUUCUUACCUUUGAGCUUUCCGCAGCUCUCAUAAUUAGUUCAUUCACUAUUGCCCGCGACUCACACUCAGCCAUUGCGUACGCCCCUCUACUGAGCGGCUUGAAUCAGUACAGAGAAGGGCACCUAAUUAUCAUUGGCGAAAUUUUGGCGAGUCCCAGCCAACUCUCUCAGUCAGGGCUUGCUUCUUCUUCAUCAAGGCCACAGCAGCCGUAAUACCCAUCUCCGCCAUCUCCCCCGCCGCAGACGUACGGACAAAUCCUCAUGGCUUCCUCCGAAGUUGACCAGAAGUUCCUCGGAAAAUGGGCGAAAACCGUCGAAACCGAUAACCCACUCUUGUCAUCGAUGCUUUACAAGAUCCUUGGACUCUCACUAAGCCUUGCAGAGCAACUUGUCACAGCGAAGAAACAGCGCAGACCCGAUGCCGCCCGCGCGCCCCAGUCUCUCGACCUCAUUUUCCACAUCAUCUGGCUUUCAAGAGAGGGCCUAGUGAUGCUGCAGCAAUAUGUGAUUCCUAUGGUGGGAAACCAUACAGAACUCCGGGUAUUGGCGUACAAGCUACGAGCAUCGUUCUACCACAUUUUCGUCCUGUUUCACAACAAACCUGCAGUGUCCACUAUGGGCAUCGCAACUCCAGACACAAUGGCCGGAUUGACCCCACCGAGGAUGGACAAGGGCAAAGGAAUCGCAAGGGAGGAUUGGAACUCAUCGCAGGGCUCAAUACAGCCCACACAUGCCCUCGAGGGCGGUCCAGUGAACCCUCCACCGGGUUUCGCUCCUCAAAGCGGCUCCGACCAACCCGCCGCCUUCCUCGAGCCGCCGAGAGAUUACCUCCCCGAAGCGCACAAGUACUUCAAGGAGGCGAUUGCCCUAGCUGACCAACACCUCUGGGGGUCGCAUUCAUUACGACUCUCCGUCAAGACUGAAUACGCCGCGUUCCUUUACGAGUGUGUACACGACGCUGACGGGAGCCGAAAACUGGCCAAGGAUGCCAUAUCCGAGGUCUAUGAAGCGACCGAAGGCAUGGAUGACGACAUGUUUUCCGAUGCUUGCGAGCUGGUUACUGUCCUGGGCAAGAUGAUGAAGCGAGGGCUCGGGUCGAGUAACAACACUUUGACCAGAGGAACAAGUCCUAGUCCAGCUGCACCUCCAGGAACGACAAUGGCCCCGGGCAUGGAGAAUCCCAUCUGAGUGAAGACAUGUCUCAAUGAUGGCUAUUCUAUGACCUGGCCAGGAGGAACUCGAUAUCACUCGAUCUCCGGUCACGAGUCUCUCAAGAUGUGCAGCUUGGUGGCGGUGGUCAUAUUCUCCUGCUCCGACCGACGGCGAAAGCUACACUCGGGUUGGGCACGAUAGCCUCUCAUGGCAUGCCUACACCGGGUUUCCCUUUCCCAGGCUUCUUCGAUGUACAAGAUUCAGCUCAAAAAUACUACUGCUACAGCGGAGUCGAGCAGGCUAAGGGGGCAUUCUCGAAAACUUUGAGCGCACACAGCAUCUCAAACGGCGCAUUGGGUGGCACAUAAUAUUACAGCAGACCCCCUUGGACAAUUUUCAAGGGCUGCUUACCUGUACUUAUAUCUUGGAUACGGCGAGAAUGGGAGGCGAAUCGAUACGGUGGGAGUUUUCUACAUGCACCAUGUAUAAGAUGGCUGCUUUUUGUUAUAAUAGUUGAUUCCCAUUGAUACCCCAUCCUCUGCGGUGGCUGCUGGUGGUGGUGGUCUG